GAGUCAAAAGUUUUAAGGAAUAUAUUGAAGCUUUGGAGAACCCGAAUUAUGAGGAGGGGGCUUAUGAUUGUCCUCCUAAUCCUACUUCGUUGGAAAGAAUGAAAUAUGACACUUGUCAAAGUAUUUUGGAUUAUAAGUUGACUAAUCGCUUAACUACCCAACAAAUCGCCCAACAAAUCCAAUUAAGCCCAGCCGAAACCGAGGAAUUAUUAUUUUGUCGGAUUGAAAAAUUUACCUUGGAUAGAUUAGUUGACUAUGCCACCAAGGAAACCGAGUAUUUAAGAGAUUAUUUAACGAUUACUGAAAAUAAAGAACAAAAAGAACAGUUAGGAGAGCCAAUAAUAAUUUUUCAAAGCGAACAAAUUAAAGACCCUUAUAAAAAGUGCUAUGAAAAUAAAGUGGAUGAAAUUGCUAAUGAGGUUAAAUAUCAAAUGUCAUGUUAUCACUGUAAUCCUUACAGCAAAGAAAUAGAAAAGCAAAAUAAGAACAUGUUGGAGAUUUUAAAGGGAAAUUUAGAAGGAGGCGAGCAUUAUCCAAAAAGAGAGGAGGACAAAAAGAAAAUAGCAAUAUUAGAAAAAAGAUUAGGUAAGAGUGAUGAUGGUAAAAAAGACAAAGGAGAUUUAGACGAAUUAAAAAAAUUAGCCAAAGAACCAAAUAAAAACAGUCCAGAAUAUAAAGAAAACGAGCAAUUUAUUAAAGAACUAGAAAAAGAGUUAAACCGAAUUACUAGUAAAGAUGAUAAAUUACUAAUUGAAUAUAAUAACGCUCAAAAGGAAACCAAAGCCAUAAAUACUACUGAAUUACAGCAAACCAAAUCUUAUUUAGAAAAAAUAGGUAAAAAGGAACUUUCUUUAUCUGAUUUAGAGCAAAGUGGCAAUAAUCAGCCUACUUCUCCUGAAAAAAGUAAUAAAGGUCUUUAUAUCGGUUUAGCCGUAGCAGGAGUAUUAGUGUUAGGAGUUAUUAUUUACUUCUUAUUUAGAAACAAAAAAGAAAGGAAUAGUUAA